AUGUCGUCAGUGCCGCUGCGCGUAGCUGUGGUGUGUUCAAAUAAUCAGAACCGAAGCAUGGAGGCGCACAGGGUCCUCAGCAAACGAGGUUUCAACGUCCGGUCUUUCGGGACGGGCGCUCAGGUGAAACUUCCAGGGCCGGCAAUUGACAAGCCAAAUAUUUAUGAUUUCAAAACCACGUAUGAGGAGAUGUAUAACGAUCUUGUUAGGAAAGACAAGAUCCUCUAUACACAGAAUGGAAUUCUACAUAUGUUGGACAGAAAUAGGAGAAUCAAGCCGCAUCCAGAAAGGUUCCAGAGCUGCAAGGAUACAUUCGAUCUGAUCGUCACUUGUGAAGAGAGAGUCUACGACCAGGUGGUGGACUGUCUCACCUCUCGAGAACAGGAGACCUGCCAGCCGGUACACGUGAUCAACGUGGACAUCCAGGACAGCUACGAAGAGGCCACAUUAGGGGCGUUCCUCAUCUGUGAGCUCUGCCAGAGUCUGCAGCACGCCGAGGACAUGGAGAACGAGAUGGAGGAACUGAUCCAGGCGUUGGAGAAGAAGAGCAGCAGGGCCUUCCUGCACACCAUCUGCUUCUACUAG